GGGGAUCAGAGGAUCUGGUAGAGCCGGCAGGUCAGGGGCUGGCUGGUGGAGCCAGUCUGAGGGCCUGGCUGCUGAUGUCACCAGUCUGCAGCUUCGGAUCCCAGGACCUCCCUGGGCAGGACCAGGCCCAUGGGCCAGUUUCACAGGGCUGAGCCUGGCCCAGGCUGUACCAGACCCUGGCAGAGGCAGAGGGACCCGGGGUCUUAUGGGAGCAGAGGCAGACAAUGUGAGCUUGGGAACAGGGGGCCCGCUGCCUAGGGGCUUGGGUGAAGGGACACUCUGCCCCACAGCUGUGGGGUCUUCUCACCCAGGAGAGGGGGCCCCUUGUGCACCGGUCUGGCAGGAACCAGCCUGGAGUGGGGUCUGUCCGUGGGGGCAGUCUCACAAGGCCUUCCACUUUCACCACAGCUUUGAAUCCUGACAGACCCCGGCCCCGCCCCACUUUGGCUCAUUUCCACAGUUCCUCGAAAGGGGAAAGGGGAUGCGGCCAGGUCUCCUUUCCCGCCCCUACCUCUGGAGACAGCCCCCAGAGGCCGGGCCUCUUCCGCAGAGUGAGGGGAUGAAGCAAUCAGGCUUCCCCUUCCCUGCAGCUUGGCUCCGCCCUCCCCCCUCAUAAACCACUUACCUGCCCGUCCCACACCUUCCACUCGUGCCUCCUCGACCGUCCUGGGUCCCAGCAGUCCCAACCUGUCCCAGCCCGGCUGCCGGACUCAGCCCUGCUGUCGCCACCACCGCCGCCAGGCAUGAUGGACGGUCCUCGUUCAGAUGUGGGCCGCUGGGGCGGGAACCCUUGGCAGCCCCCCACCACACCUUCCCCGGAGCCGGAGCCGGAGCCGGAGCCGGACAGACGAUCUCGUCGAGGAGGCCGUUCCUUCUGGGCUCGCUGCUGCGGCUGCUGCUCAUGCCGAAAUGAAACAGAUGCUGACUGGGGACCUGAGCCCCACGGAGACCGAGGGUCUGGCAGGGGUCGAGGGUCCAGCUCUGGGGGUCGAAGACCAGACUCCCGGGGCUCAGAUUCCCGCCGGCCUGGCUCCCGGGCCAGUGGUGUGAACGCAGCUGGAGACGGCACUAUCAGAGAGGGCAUGCUGGUGGUGACCGGUGUGGAUCUGCUGAGUUCACGCUCGGACCAGAAUCGCCGAGAGCACCACACAGAUGAGUUUGAGUACGACGAGCUGAUUUUACGCCGUGGGCAGCCUUUCGACAUGGUCCUCCACCUCUCUCGGCCCUAUGAGUCCUCUGAUCAUGUUGCCCUGGAGCUGCUUAUCGGAAACAGCCCCGAGGUGGGGAAGGGCACGCACGUGAUCAUCCCAGUGGGGAAGGGGGGCAGCGGAGGCUGGAAAGCCCAGGUGACCAAGGCCAAUGGGCAGAAUCUGGACCUACGUGUCCACACCUCCCCCAACGCCAUCAUCGGCAAGUUUCAAUUCACGGUCCGCACACGUUCAGAGGCUGGCGAGUUCCUGCUGCCUUUUGACCCCCACAACGAGAUCUACAUCCUCUUCAAUCCAUGGUGUCCAGAGGACAUCGUGUACGUGGAGCAUGAGGAUUGGCGACAGGAGUACGUGCUUAAUGAAUCCGGGAGAAUUUACUAUGGGACUGAAGCACAGAUUGGCGAGCGGACCUGGAACUAUGGGCAGUUUGACCAUGGAGUGCUGGAUGCCUGCCUGUACAUCCUAGACAGGCGGGGCAUGCCAUAUGGAGGCCGCGGGGACCCGGUCAGUGUCUCCCGGGUCAUCUCUGCCAUGGUGAACUCCUUGGAUGACAAUGGGGUCCUGAUUGGAAACUGGUCUGGUGAUUACUCCCGAGGCACCAAUCCAUCAGCUUGGGUGGGCAGUGUGGAGAUCCUACUCAGCUACCUACGCACCGGCUAUUCCGUCCCGUAUGGCCAGUGCUGGGUCUUCGCCGGUGUGACCACAACAGUGCUGCGUUGCUUGGGCCUGGCUACCCGCACUGUCACCAAUUUCAACUCGGCACAUGACACAGACACAUCCCUCACCAUGGACAUCUACUUUGACGAGAAUAUGAAGCCUCUUGAGCACCUGAACCAUGAUUCUGUUUGGAACUUCCACGUGUGGAACGACUGCUGGAUGAAGAGGCCAGAUCUGCCCUCUGGCUUUGGUGGGUGGCAGGUGGUGGAUGCCACACCCCAGGAAACCAGCAGCGGCAUCUUCUGCUGCGGCCCCUGCUCUGUGGAGUCCAUCAAGAAUGGCCUGGUAUACAUGAAAUACGACACGCCCUUCAUUUUUGCUGAGGUCAACAGUGACAAAGUUUACUGGCAGCGACAGGAUGAUGGCAGCUUUAAGAUCGUGUAUGUGGAAGAGAAGGCCAUUGGUACGCUCAUCAUAACAAAGGCCAUUGGAUCCAACAUGCGAGAUGAUGUCACCCACAUUUAUAAACACCCAGAAGGCUCAGAAGCAGAGCGGAAGGCAGUGGAGACAGCAGCCGCCCACGGCAGCAAACCCAACGUGUACUCCACGCGUGACUCAGCAGAGGAUGUGGCGAUGCAGGUGGAGGCACAGGACGCGGUGAUGGGGCAGGACCUGACCGUCUGCGUGGUGCUGACCAAUCGCAGCAGCAGCCGCCGCACCGUGAAGCUGCACCUCUACCUCUCGGUCACCUUCUACACCGGUGUCACCGGGUCUGUCUUCAAGGAGAGCAAGAAAGAAGUGGUGCUGGCGCCAGGGGCCUCGGACCGCGUGUCCAUGCCUGUGGCCUACAAGGAAUACCGGCCCCACCUCGUAGAUCAGGGGUCCAUGCUGCUCAACGUCUCGGGCCACGUCAAGGAGAACGGGCAGGUGCUGGCCAAGCAGCACACCUUCCGUCUGCGCACCCCUGACCUUUCCCUCACCUUGUUGGGGGCAGCCGUGGUUGGUCAGGAGUGCGAAGUACAGAUUGUCUUCAAGAACCCGCUGCCUAUAACCCUCACCAAUGUCGUCUUCCGGCUUGAGGGCUCCGGGCUACAGAGACCCAAGAUCCUCAAUGUGGGAUGGCUGUUGUCACUCACCGCCAAGCCAGUCACCAGGGGAGGCUGAAGUCUAUUCCAAACCCUUCUGGGGAAUUUGCUCCACAGCCUGAAUCAUAUUCUCUAGAAUGUCCUUAAGGGUGGCCUUCUGGGGUAGACUUGACUUUGGAGAAACAGCCUGAAGCCAUUCAAAGCUAAGACUAAUUAAGAAGGUAGGUGGAAAAGGUGGGUAGUGUGCCCUUUUCCAUCAGAAAUGAGGUUCGGCUGUGAGGGAGGAACAGGAUGCACCCGGUGCGUGUCAGGGAGAGGGAGAGAGAGACAGACGUGGUGUACGUGUGGUUUUCCGUGGCUCUGAAGACAAAUCUGAGAGGAGUUUUUAAAUUCGUUUCAAGGCUUGAUAACGUGAUUGAACCAAUCCAUAAGUGAAGCACGAUGCUCAUUUGGAUGUCUAAUUUCUGGUGUCCUUGUCAGAGAGCCAGUUUCAUUACCUGCACUGUUUCAGGCCCAUUCCAGCUGUAGCAGCUGAUGCGCUCAACUUCAACCAGCAGACCUGGGUGUGUCAGGUCUUGCCUGACACUGAGGCCGGGGCUGGGAGAGAUCUUGACAUUCCUAGCUGGAAGCUGAAAAGCAAUUUCUCUUAGAAAUAACGUUUACAAGUAAAGGCUGUAUUCCGAUCUAGUACAGUUCAAUUCUAGUAUGAAUUAAGUACAGUGUUGAAGGCUGACCUGAGCCUAAACAGCUUGAAGUUUGUAUCUCUGGAAAAAUGGGCAUGAGUUAAAAAUGCGAAUUUGUAACCGGCCACAGUAUAGCCUACCUGUUAAGUUACAGACUUAAUGUCUAGUUAUAUAUUAUAAUAAGUCUAGAAAUUAGGUCUGUAACUUAAUGGGGAGACCAUCUAUAUCUCCCUGCCUUCCACUUAUUCCCUCCUUUGUGGAGCUUAGAGUCACCUUCAAGGCCAUCUGAUUCCACCCCCUCAUUUUAUAUUCAUUCCCAUUUUACAGACCAAAAAGUGAGAGUCAGAAGUUUAAUAAUUUGUCCUAAACCACACAGCUAACAGCGGUAGAAGAAAGAGUCCAAUGUGGUCCAGGGCAGCCCUUUGGAAGCAGGCUCCAAGCUAAAUGUUUUGCCCCAAGGAGAGCCCAUCUUUGAAGUUGGGAUGUUGGCUCUUUCCCUUAGAAGACUGAGAUGUCUGCACAAAGUCCGGCUCCAGAGUGGAUCCCCCAAGGCAGGCUUGGAUUGAAGAGGGGGCCAGAGGCAAGGGUUCAGGCAGAGGCAGGAAAGGACAGAUGCUAACAGGCACAAGCAGGUGUGAUAGAAAUGCAAUCGUGUUCAGUGUAUACAAUGCACAGGCCGAUUACUGCAGGAGCUCAGAGCAGGACAAGGUUCACUUCCCUGAGGGCAGGAGGUGCUCAAGGGGUGGUGUGAGCUGGGCCUGGAGCCAGCCCAGGAGCAAAGCAUGAAAACAGAGGUGAGUUCGGGGAGGGGAAGGAGCUCAUUGUUGGGGCUGGUGGGCAGGAGGAAUGGUGGGGGAUGAUGAGGCCUUGCAGGCGGGGCUGAGUCAGAGUGAGCCUGCGUGUCGGGUUAGGGAGCUGCCGUCUCAUCCCAGAAGCACCGAGGAAGCCAAACCCUUGACGGAUUCAGUUCACCUCCAAGUGACUAGAAACUAGAGUGGGAAAAUAAGAUAGGACAUUAGGAGGCAAGGAGGCCAGUUGGAAGGCUAGUGAAAUUGUGAUUCCCAGAGGGAGGGUCUGGGACUAAAUUUCCAGAGGUCCAUGGAGAAGGGGGGAAAUGAAGACACCAUAGUAUGUCUGUGUACACAUGUAUCUCUCUCUCUCUCUCUCUCUCUCUCUCUCUCUCUCUCUCACACACACACACACACAGUUGUCCCUUUAAAGAUGCCAAUUGUCUAUUCUUGGGAAGGACUUUCCUUUUUCUCUGAGAUAACAUCUUUCCAGUGUUUGGAGGUAUUAAAGAUGCUCCUUCCUCUUUGGUAAGAUGAUUAUAUUGCAGAGGCUGAUUAAUUAUCUUCCACUUUCUUUCUUGGCAAAACUGAAAUUAUUUGGCAACACUGCGUUGAGCCCCGAAGUCUCAUUUUAAAGUUUCCUUGGUCCUGGAACCCCCAGAUGAGAUGGGGUGGCUGGUCUGGUUAGGGCAGGAGCAUUGGCGAUGGAGAGGUGGGGGACAC